AUGUUUGUUGAUUAUUCAGGUUUACAGAGAUUUAGUAUUAUCAACGAGAAUUUUGGCAAUAAGUAUUUGCAAUUAUUGCGUUUCGAUGCCAUCCAAUCACCGGAAGAGAAGCUCAGAGAGCUGAAAGAGAACUCUAACGGUUUGGACAGCGUGCAUGCUGUUCGUUUGGAAGAUUUCAAGUUGGACUGGGGUAUAAUAGACUACAUGUAUAAGAUGUUACUGUGCAUUACACAAAUGCAAGAGGUAUCGUCAUUCAUUCGGAAGUGUCCAACUAUUUAUUUUGUUGAAAUGUUCGACCACCCAUGUCCUAUGAGCAGGUACUCCAUGGAAAACCUUUCAAGUUCGUUGCUCAAGAUGUAUCGAGAAAUACAGGAGGUGUAUGAUCGUAUUAAGAAUGAACUGUUGGAAGAGGUGAAACAACUUAUCGCAGAGUUGAAGCCAGACUAUGGAUUCACCGACUUUAGACAAUGGCACAUCCUUCAGAAGUACCUCUACUACGAGUGCUGCAGCAAUAUUCCAAAACAAGCGCUCCCCAAGACCAACGUUGUCCUCGUCCCAAAGGCGUUCCCAAAGCUCUACAUGGAGCAAGUUAACAAGAAUGGUUUCAUGAAGGCAAGUUCUAGGGUCCGCUUUUUCAUGUUUGAUACUUUAUCUGCUGAGCGAUCCUUCGAUCCAAUAAGCGUAGACGAUCUGAAGCUCAAAGCCCUAGGCGAUAAGGUGACAACCAUAUGGAAGGAAAAAGAUGAUAAGGCUGGUAUUGGAAGUGACACAGAACGAACCGCCAGUACAGAGCAAACAAAUAGAUCCUCGAGCAUGGGUUCGAUUGCAAAAGAACCCGAUUUCAUUAGACUCUUCAAAGAGCACGAUGUAAAUGUUGGUAUUAAUCGUCCAUCGGUAAGAUUUGAGCAACGCAGCGAAACUCUCGGAUCAAAAUGUAAAGAUGAAAGAUUGAAAUUGAGAGAAUAUUUCCAAUAUUCGAAAGAUAGAGACGACGCAUUUAUUUCUUCUGAGGGGAAGAGAUCUCCGAGUCCAAUAAGCCCUAUUUUGGAAGAGGAUGAAUCAGAAGUUGAUAAUUCAAGCUCAGACAGAAGCAAUGAAAAUGAAGUUUUUUCACCAUUGAGUUCAGGUAAUCUCCCAACUGCUUUGACACCAGAUAAUGGCUCAGAUUUAUCUAACCAUCAAAAGCAUCUCUUCUGCUACAAUGAUUGCUCGCCUUCGAUGUUCCCACCACCACCUGACUUACCUCCCAGUGCUUUUAAGGACUUUUAUGCACAUCAAUCAAAAAGGGAGGCAGUGAAAACAAAGUUGAGAGAAUAUGUCGCCAAACCAAUACAGAAAUGUUUCACCCGCAACUCUGAUUGCUCGGGCUUCGAUACAAAUGAUUCAUUUGCUCAAUUUGAAGGUGCUCCUUGGGACGAAAUGACCAGCAAAAAAUUCAUCAAGUUCAAGCUCAAAAAGUUCAAGAGGGAUUGCCGUUAUUACAAGCAAAUAGCGAAGCGAUUCUUUGAAGACAUUCAUGAUAGUAACUCAUCGCACAAAUUAUAA